UUAAAUUUGGGAGCACUUUUACUUUAAAUGAUAGUUAUAGAAAAUUUAUUUGACUUUUUGACUUCAAAAAUUAAAAAUAUAUUUUUUUAAUUAAUUUCAAUGAUAAAAAGGAUUUAAAGAGAUAAUACAAUGUCUGAGAUUUUAAAUAUGAUAUGGGAUGACGAUGAUUUUGAGGAAGAAAUGGAGGUACUAAUUUCCACCUUAGAUGAUUCUAUAAGUUCUAAUACUAGUAGUAGUACAAGUGACACAGACUCCAGUAUUAGUGGCGAGGAGUAUGAAGAUUUCAUUAAGAAAAUCGACAAAUUUAAUGUUCAUGAGUUUAAAUCUCACAUGAGAAUAAAUGCAUCAACUACCAAGUAUUUAAUUGAUGGCUUUUCUACGUCUUCAUAUAACCCCGAUAAUUGCAAUGGUGGCAGGCAAAGUGUAAGUCCUAAAAAGGCUGUGUAUAUGUACAUUUGGUAUGUGGGAAACACAAUCACAUUUAGACAACUGUCCAUACUUUUUAAUGUGUCGAAGUCAACAGCAUGGUUAGUUGUAAAAAGGGUAUCCUCAUGGCUAGUUUCAAUUGGACAUGAACAUAUUAAAUGGCCUCAAGGUACUGAAAUUACUAAAAUACAAAAAAAAUUUGAAGAAAAAAAAAAGAUUCCCGGUGUUUUAGGUGCAAUUGAUUGCACGCACAUUACUAUUAAAGCACCAAAGAACAAUAGAGAAUGCUAUUUUGACAGAAAACAAAACUAUAGCAUUGUUUUACAAGCCGUUGUAGACCCAAACAAAAAAUUUUUGGACAUUUCUUGUGGAGAGCCUGGAUCGUUACAUGAUUUCAGAGUAUUAAGAAGAUCUGAACUUUACUUACGAGCCGAAUCAAAUCUGGAGCAAUUUUUUCCAAACAACGCAUUUAUUUUAGGUGAUUCCGCAUACCCACCUAACCGAUGGAUAGUACCGCCAUUUAAAGAUUAUGGCAAUUUAAGCGAAACCCAAAAAAAAUUUAACAAAAUACAUUCAUCAACAAGGAUAACAGUCGAAAAUGCGUUUGGUUUACUAAAAACAAGAUUUCGGCGAACAUUAAAAUUUACAGAGCAAACUAACUUACUUAAUAUAACAAAUUUAGUUACAAGUAUGUGCAUUUUGCAUAAUAUAUGUAUAAGUUUGGACGACUUGCAUGAAUUUAUUGAAAAUGAGUUAUAUGCAAAUGAUGACGAUAGCAAUUCGAGCAACCUCGAAAUUGGAGAAGGGUCAAGCAGACGUGAUGUCUUAUAUAAUCUUUUAAUUGAAAGAAAUAUAAUAUAAAGAAAAUGUAAAGUUAAAAUAAAAUAAAUGUUCUUAUACAUAUAACUAACUAACUAACUCACUAACUAACUAACUAACUAACUAACUAACUAACUAACUAACUAACUAACUAACUAACUAACUAAAUAACUAACUAACUAACUAAUCUAUGUAUGUGUAUUUUGAGGGCAAAUCUUAAACUUCACACAAACACUUCUCAAGAUCCCUGGUACAUACAUAUAUUUGAAAGUUUGUUCAAUUAGGUGCACUGCGAAUUUUAUUAGUUAAUUCUUUUCCAAAGCUUUUUUUAACAAAUCAAGUUUGUUUUUUUCAAUUUCAUUUUUUUUCUCAAUCAUCUGCUUCAAUUCGCUAAAAAAAUUCUGCCUCUGCAUUUUUUUCUCCUCAGCUUCUUUUGUUUUUAGUUCCAAUUUCUUUUCAUAAUAUAUUUGCUUAUACGAUUUUUUUUCUUUGGGGAUUGCUCAAAACUUUCUUUUAAUGGUUCAGUUGGGCCAUGUCCCAAUUGAAGUGUAUGAGAAUUGCUAAUUAUGGGGCUAUCGCCAUAUAUUUCAUCCAUUUCCUCCAUAUAUGGAGGAAUACAUGGCGAAGCCCCAGUUUGUUUCGCGUUGUCCUUGGCUGAUUUGUAAGCUGAUAGUAAAGUCCUCAUUCGGCUCUCUAAAGAACUUACCGUUGUUUUUGAAUCCUAAAAAAUAAUUAAAUGUUUUCAUAGAUAUGUACAUACAUAUAAAGCAAUUUUGAACACUUACCGUUAAUCCUUGAGAUACCAUAUCUUCCAAGACAUUGGAAUAAGCAAAUUUUUUUUCUUGUGUGGUUGAAUUCAUCCUUCCUUGCAUUGUAGCAUUUGAGAAAGCCCAACGUUUCAGCUCUUGUCCAAACUUUUCGCCUAUAUAAAAGUGUUAAAUAAUUUAACGAAAAAUUACAUUCUUUAUUAAGAAUAUACUUACUUUUCAGAGAAAGACAUUUUUUCAAUAAAAUUGAUAUUUUAAAUUUUUUUAAAUUUAAUUUUCUUUUUGACAGCUAUUCACCAAAAAGUGAUACACUUUAUUUUUAUUGGCAGCACUUUUAUCGAAGUUAAAUUUAACGUGUAAAUUUUUACGUGUUAACUCCUAACGGCUAUAAAUUUGAAAUUUAUAUGAAAUUACCCUUGAAAGUUAGAAACAAAACACAACUAUUAUAUG